UAACUGACUUCCGCCCCGCAUAAGAUCCAGGAAGUGACGUCUCAGCGUCUUCAUGCCCUCACAAGCAUGGCGGCGUACAGGAGCAUCGGGGUUGGAAGGAAUUUAUCUGCGCUUUUAACGAGAUCGUAUCCUGUGUGCAGUUAUCAUGGAACAGGGCUCACCAGACCACCCCUUCACAAAGUGGCCAGAAGUCCCAUUCCACAACAAACAAGCACUACGUUUAUCAGAAACAUGUUUAUUCAGACCCAUGACACUCCGAACCCAAACAGCCUGAAGUUUCUUCCUGGUCGUGUGGUGCUGGAGUCAGGGACUAUGGACUUCGCUGGACCUAGAGAUGCUUAUUGUUCACCCUUGGCAAGGCAGUUGUUCAGAAUAGAUGGAGUCAAGAGUGUCUUCUUUGGUCCUGACUUCAUAACCAUUACUAAGGCUGAUAGUGAAUCAGAGUGGAGAGUGAUCAAACCGGACGUCUUCGCCACCAUUAUGGACUUCUUCACCUCUGGACUUCCUGUUGUCAAUGAGGCAGAUGCUCCACGUGCCGACACAGCUCCUUCUGAGGAUGAUGAUGAGGUGGUGGCCAUGAUUAAAGAACUGCUGGACACACGCAUAAGGCCCACAGUGCAGGAGGAUGGAGGUGACGUGUUGUAUCGGGGUUUUGAGGACGGUAUUGUAAAGCUGCAGCUGCAGGGUUCCUGCACCAGCUGUCCCAGCUCCAUCAUCACGCUGAAGAGCGGCAUCCAGAACAUGCUGCAGUUCUACGUUCCCGAGGUGGAAGGAGUCGAGCAGGUGAAGGAAGAGGAUGUGAAUGUUGAAAAGGAAGUCCGGUGAUAUGAGUUUCAGCUUUCAGACUUUAUCCUUUCUUCCUAAUAAAUUACCCAGCACUCCUCUUUCCCAUCAAUGUCCAAUCAUGUAGAAGGAUCCCUGAGUUUUGUAGAGACUACUCAGUUACACAGGUGUAAAGAAAAUGGACAAAACUGUGUGUCCUCACACUCCUUUAUAUAAACCUAUAUUAGCUACAGACAUUGAUAUUACGACAUCAAGUGCGCAGGAAAUAUUUUUAGCCUGCACUUUUGCAUAGACAGUAUUUGGUCGGUGCUGUAACAGGUUUGGUUUGGUCGUCCAUAAUAUUUUAUAGAUUAUAGCUCGUUGCACUGGUUAAAACAAAAAGCUGAAUUUCAUGUUUUUGUGAAUAAGUUGCAAUAUGCAUUUUCCCAGACGCAUGUAAAUAUUAUCUUUAGAAAUCUCCUGGUUUCAUGUCUAAUGGAUUCUCAGGAAUCUUGAUUGUAUCAUGGGUCAUUCUACAUUUAAAAAAAAUUUGAAUUAUGUAAUAAAGAUUCAGUGUGUAAUAUUGAUAAAUAAUGAAUCUUGCUCUUCAUUUGAUAGAAGGAUGCACUAAAUAAAUGAAAAACAUCAAAUUCAAAAUCAUUUUCAUUCACCAUGGGCUGAAGUGCUCCUCUGUUGGUGGUGUUGUUUCUGGUUCUGUUUUGGCUUCUGAUUGGUCAAUGCAGUGUUCCAGUUACUAUAAUGUGAGCAGCUGUUCACCAAAUCACUGCAUAGCUCCCAUAGGGGAUUGUUUUUGUUGCAUAGCAACAUUUUGAUAUGUCAGAAACUAUAUCCUAGUUAGGAAUAACACUUAAUAAAUUUGCUUAUUAAAAGAAUACUCAAACAGAA